CAUGACACUUCCUCGUUCCUCCGUGGAAGACAAACUUUUGACCCAACUGCCACGUCCGAGCGAGACGUUAUUAUAUGACAUACGUUAUUUUUUUUUUAUUAAUACAGUUGCUCUGGAUAUCGAAAUUAUCACAUAGCUCCUCGAAUUUAGUCACUCCGAUCUAGGAAGCUCGGAAUAUGGCUGACAGAAGAGGAACGGACGACGACGACGAGCAGAAAGUUGAAGGUGCCGUCGGUGGGGAAGAUGUCAUUGAUGAUCCCAUCAUAGAACAGGGAGCAAUUGUCCUCAGAGGGUAUGUGAUUGAGCGCAUAAAUACAGACUACCCCAGUCAACACAUUUCUUCUGAGGACUUGGGUGGAAGAUCAAGUGAACAGCAGGAUCCACAAAUCAAAGAAGUUGUGGAACAGCUGCUCAAGAUUGCAGAUGAGAUGAACAGGAAUGCUGAGCUCCAACGAUUAAUAAACCAGGUUCAAGGUAACUGUGCUAAGGAUAUUUUCAUGAAAGUGGCCAGGAACAUCUUUGCUGACGGCAUCAACUGGGGUCGAGUGGUGGCUCUCUUCCAUUUAGCAUACAGACUCAUAUACAAGGCACUGACCACAAACCAUCUAGAGAACAUCCGACUUGUCACCAGCUGGGUGCUCCAAGUUAUCAGGGAGCAGCUCUACUAUUGGCUUGUUCAGCAAGGGGGCUGGGAAGGUGUCAUCAGUGGAUGGUCUCACCGGAGGACAUUAACCUUAGUUGCAUCCGUGGUUUUGGUAGCAGCCUUUGUUUAUUACAGGAGGACACGCUGACUAUCAGCUGUCACACUCUCAUCGACAAUGGUUCACUCAAGAACUACAACAUACAUACAUAUACAGGAUAUAGAGAGAUGGAGAGAGAGAGAGAGAAAUAUUUUUUCAGGAAAUAAGUAACUAUCACUUAAAAACCAAAGUACAGGGUAGGCCAAGGCUUAAAGCACCGACGAUAACUAUCUGAACAGAAAUGCACAAACAUGCUGUGGACGUUCCAUCAGCAAGUGGAGUUCAAUGUAUCACAUUUGUGAUCACACAUCACUGCUGUGUUUUAUGUCUUUCUAUAGAUAAGAUUCUCAGUUUUUGCUACCAAGAUGCCAUCAAAAUGUUGCAGACCUGCUGUGUGUAUUUUGUUGCACCAUUCAGAUCAGUUUGAGUUGUCUUAUCUUCCAAGUUGGAGUCACCAAGCUGUCAUGCAAUACUGAUUUGUCUUUUUCAUGUACUUCACGUACUGUAUGUUCAAUAGUCGUAUGACGACACACCAAGAGUCAUGACUUGCACGAUUGCUGAAUUUACUCUGAUAAAUGUGCAAAGCUCAUCUUUUUCGUGUGGGGGUGUCUUUAUCAAUACCUGUAUGUUACCUGCAGGUUGCUUUGGUUUAACAUGUUUGAUUUUUUGCAUUGGUUGUGGGAGUAGAUAUGAUUGUUACGACACUGUAAGUUAAGAUGCUGACCCAACCUUUUGGUAAUAUCUUUUCAUUUGAAGAUUAAGUCUAUUUUUUAAUUCCACAAGUGUAUUUUCUUGAUGUUUAAUUAAAUAUGACUGUAAAUAGGACUGUUUGCCUCCUCCUCCA